AUGCAAAGAUUGAGAAUAACAUUUAAACGUUCAAGAACACCAACGGGAGCCGAAAUGAAAACUCAAAGUAGUUUGGAAGUACCCAAGCAAGUAAGAUCCGCGUCAUUUGACGAAAUGCAAUUGGAAGUAAAAAGAAAUCAGGAAAUGUUGCAACAAAGCGAUGACAAAUCAUUAUUAAAAGUACCCGUCAACAAUCAAAGAAGUAAAAGCGUGGAUGCCGGUUCGAGCGAAGACUGUAAUAAUAUACUUUAUUUAGAAGUACCCCGUCCGAACGUUCGUAGAAGGUCAUCGAGUGAAAAACUUCCGGUUUUUUGCGUUCAUUGUCAAUAUAUAGACGACAUUGCUAAAUUUCAUCAAAGCAUUGCCGUCGAAGAGGAGUCGUUCGAUUCGAAUACGUCGUUGGAAUCAUUAUCGUCACUAUUGGGAAGCAAUAAAAGAAAAGCGGAAGUACGGAAGUUGACGGGAUACGGAAAAAGAAAAGAUUCGAAUGAAACAUCAAUGCCGACAAUGCCCGAAUGUAACAUCAAGGUAACGUUAUCGUUGAAUUCGCCGAGUUCAACGUCUGCCGACACAAAUAGCGAAGAUACAUUCGUCACUGAUGUUUCUGCCACGAUGAAAAAUCAAAAUUGCAGACGUCGUUCAAUAAUAUCACCAAAGCUGUCGAGACAAUCCGCAUUUGUAGUUGUAGAUAAAAAUUGUUCCUUAGAUAAUAUAUCUAAUAUUCCUUCAGAGGGAAGCGAUAGCGAUCUCGUGAAAACGGUACCGAAUCAAGGUCAAGAUCAAUGUCAAACAGAUUCCGGUAACACGAUAUUCGAUUUUAGUGGUAUUAAUUUAAAAAUAGAUGAGUCGUUCGAAUCGAGCGUGUCGUCGCCAAAGUUAGGAGGAUCGGAUAGUAACGUACCGCAAGUGAAAGACAUUUUUUUACAAGUGCCAGAAUUGAAAAGAGAUCGAGCUGCAUCCGUGGAUUCGUGUUUUACAAAGGUAUCGCAAAGUGGUAAAGCAGAAGAAGUUAGUUCAAAUUCGUUGGAACCACCCUCCAACGUAUCCCUAAGAUCGAGAUCUGUGGAUAUUGUACUUCCGACGGAUGAACAAAGUAGAUAUAAAGCUCUCGCAAUGGCUCACAGCACGAGGGUGUCAAUGCAGGGGUAA